CGUCGUCGUCGUCUUCUUCUUCAUAGAAUUCGGGAAACGGAUCGGUGAUGUUGGUAAUCUCGAUGGUUGGCGUUUCGUGGCCCCAUUCAAAGCUGGUGACUUCAAUGUCUCCGAUAAACGAAGGUUUAGUAAUCUUUUGAAAGUGGUCAUUCAGAAAUUGCUGCACAUGCCCUGCAAGUUCCUUGUCCAAUUUCGACCACUCAAUAUCAAAAGACAUGACUUUUUUGGGAUUUCCCUGACAAAGGGCAAAUAAUUUUUUUGGGAAACGACCAUUUCUCUAUCUAAUGGUUGCCUAAUUUGGUAUCUCGCACCUACUUUUUUUUUGACACUUUGCUUCUUUUUUCGCAUGAUAUGCGGAAACUCAAGGCACUUGUACGUCAAUGGUCCAUUGCACAGCAACAUUACUACCAGCCGCUCGUUGAUAAACUGCAGCAAUGUAGCAUCCAUACCGUUCAUGAUCUGUUCCAGGCCAAUCUCGAUUCGCUCGUUUCACUGACCAACUCUCGCCGACAAAUAAUUCGCGCUUUCCGAGAACAAGUUAUCCUGGAUAGUAUGGCUAAAGAAGCGUCUUUUCAACCCAAAGAUGUCGUGACCUUUUCCACAGGGUUCGCCACGCUUGAUCGAUCACUGGGAGGUGGUAUUCGAUUGGGGGAAGUGACCGAAAUAUGUGGCACGGCUCAAAGCGGAAGAGCCAAGUAUGUACAACAAAUAAUGGAGAACUUUCUUCUCGCAUUCGAACAAAGCAGUAUGCACCACAUCGACACCACUGGGUUGUUUGACGCGAAAUCCAUACAAACGCAACUCUUGCCGCGAAUUCACUGCAACAAGGCAUUUUCCAUACCGGCUGUUAUUACUGUCCUGGAAUCCGUUGGUGCAUUCCAAGCGGUCGAUGGUCUUCCUACAAUGAUUGUUCUUGACAAUAUGGCCAGUGUGCUAGAUUCCAAUUGGCAAGCAGGUUUUCAUGAAUGUUUGUAUAUCUCCAGAGUGUUUCUGCUGUCAUGUAAUAUUGAUGUUACUGCGUACAACGUAGUUGAAAACAUGGUCCAGCAUUUGAUAACGAUAGAUGAGGCAAUUUAGGUUUCCCAUUCAGCGACCAUGA